AUGAAGAGUUUGAUCCCUCUGCUCGUCGUAGCGUCAGCAGUUGCUGCUGCGGACGUUCAGAAGAGAGUGAUGAACACCCAGGACAACUGUCCUGAAGAUGAGGGUCAGCACUACGUGGUUCUGAGGGGACUUAUUUUUACCUCAAAGUUCUGUGGAGGGAACCUGAUCCAUCCAGAAUGGGUCCUCACUGCUGGUCACUGUGAUAAAUGGUUCUUUAAAGUGGGUUUGGGCAAACAUCCAGAUGAACAGGAAACAAGGCAGAUAAUCACCCCAUUUUCUGAUAAGCAUAUCUAUGAAGAUCCAGAUGGUCGCAAACAUGACAUCAUGCUUAUUAGAUUGCCUGAAAGAAGUGCCCUUCCCACUAUCGAUCUCCCUCCUAUUGGAUGUGCACCUACAAUUAUAAACAACCCCUACAGGGUCAUAGGAUGGUCCUAUACAGACUAUGACUGGAAGAGAGGAAGAUACAUCAAUAAAGCCAGGAAUCUGAAGUGUCAUACAAUUAAUCUGGCUCAAGACUGCACUCUCCGAGACCAAGAUAUGGCACGUAAUGGACAGACACCUCCAAUAGAUCAUACACUGUGCUCCCUGGACCGCCAACGAUGUGAAGUCUGCCCAGGUGAUUCUGGUGGCAGUCUGGUGCAGAAUGGAGUUCUGGUUGGAGUCACUGUUGGUAUUGUCCGCACACGGUGGAGUGACUUCAUGGACGUCUGCGCCUACAGGCAGUGGAUUAGAGAUAUAACUGGUAUUUAA